AGUCCAACCUGCAUGUCUGCAGUUUAUAACCAAUCAACAAAAAGAAAUUGUAAGAAAAUAAACAAAAACGAAAGAUAAGCUAUUUUUAAAGCAUUCUGAGAAAACCUGCAAACUCGGGAACAGAAGAAAGUAUAUGUUAUGAACUUGGUUUUAAAAAAGGAAAAACAAAAUUAUGUUGUCACAAUUUCGAAGUUUUUAAUAUUAAUACCAAAAAUGCCACUUGUUAUUGGUUCAACGAGACUGAUACAGAUUUGCAAGCUUUUGCAUUUGCAUCUUUACUAGUAGAUUACUUACAAAGAAAAGUAUUUGAACUGUAAUCAUCUUUUCUGAUGGUUGCAUCUACCAGAAUCGCAACUCCACAAUGGCAAAUGCACUGUUGUCACUUUCCACCACACACAAUGUAACCAUUGUACAAAAAUAUGUGGUAAAAGGACACACAAAUAUGGAAUGCGACAGCGUUCACGCUACUUUCGAGAAAAAACUAGAAAACAAGACUAUAUCAAUUCCUCAUGACUUUCAGCGGAUCACAGAAAAAGCAAGAAUAAAUCCUAACCCUUAUGAAGUCGUGUCCCCAAGUUUUUGUAUCUUUAAAAACUACAAUAUAGACCUGGUAUGUAAAUCAAUUCGGCCUGGAAGAAAACCAAAUGACCCUACAGUGACGAUAUUCGAGCGUUAAAAUAUGAAAAUGGAGAAAUAGAGUACAAAAUGGAUUUUAACGACAAAUUUCUUCCCCUCUUCCUCAGCGUCCAAAAAGAAGCAUAAAAAAGAGUUGUCUAAUUUCCAAGAUUAUUCACUGGAAAACUUCCAAUUACGAACCAAAAAUUUACACAUCUUCAAGAAAUAAAAACUAAACUUUUGGUCAUUUUAUAACUAAUUACACACAUAAUCAAUUUUAAAAUAAGUACUUAUUUAGAAUUUAAGUUUUAAUUUUGUUACUAAAUUG